CCUCGUACCCGACGCCGGCCGGCCUUCGUCGUAUCGAUCGACAUGGACAUGACCGGGCAGCUACCCGAGGACAUGCUCCUGGACGUCCUCCGCCGCCUCUCUCCCCGCAGCCUCGCGGCGUGCCGCUGCGUCCGCAAGGAAUGGCGCACGGACCUUCUCCCGCUCUCGCUCGACGGCGUCUUCCUCGAGUUGCGCGACCCGGACCUGCCCCUCGAGCGGAUGGAGCACCCCAUGCCCGCGCUCUUCUCACGCCGCACCACGGCGCGCCGGAUCGCCGCCAGCCUUGGCUACCCGGACACCCCCUGCAUCUACGAGUGCGGUGUGCAGGACUGCUGCAACGGCCUCCUCCUCCUGCUUUGUGACUACGUGGUUAAUCCUGCCACGCUACAGUGGGUGGAAUUGCCUACAGCGCCACGCCGGUGCUGCUUUCUCUGCAUGAGCAGUCCCUACCUCGUGUUUGAUCCAACGGUGUCGCAACACUACGAGGUGCUCUCGGUCCCGGACAUACCAUGGAACCUCCCAACGGGACACAUUUCCAAGCAUGCGUGCAUGGAUAAGCCGGUGUCCGAGAUGGAGUGGCCGCCUUCGCCGUACAUCGUGAAUGUCUUCUCGUCACGGGCCGGCGAGUGGAAGCAGAGGUCGUUUGUUCGGGAGGGGAAGGCCGCGGGAACGGUCGCCGAGUGCAGGUCGAAAGAAAGACGCAUACUGCGUUAUGCUGCUUACUGGCAUGGAGCACUCUACGUCUCUUGCGAAGACAAUUUUGUUUUGAGAAUGAACUUGUCAAAUGAUAAAUACCAAGUAAUUCAGUGCCCUCAAGGAAAGAAGCUAGAGUCUUAUGCACCUCGCCUCGGCAAAUCCAAGAAGGGUGUCUAUUGUGCGUUCCGUGUUGCACGUGAUGCAUUCCAGGUAUGGUUCCUUAACGAAACGGAUGGAAAGAUGGAAUGGGUAUUGAACAAUGACAUCAACUUUGAGCAUGUUUCAAAAUGCCCUCGUAACUUUGUUCGGGGACCAUGGAUCUUACAAGGAAGCGACAAUAACGAAGAGCUAGUCGAAGACAACUCUGAAUGGGACCCAAACAAUGAUAACGUGGUUAGCGCUGAAGAUUGGGUUGUCAAGUACGGUUCUAACUCAACAAUUGAUUUUCUUGGAUUUCAUCCUUACAAAGAGAUUGCCCUGUUUGAAUCGACCGGCCAUGUAAUGGCCUACCAUAUGAACACUUCAACGGUUCGGGAUUUGGGUCAUAUUAAAAUGGGGAGGAACGAGAUUGAAUGUUCUUUCCCAUACAUGCCAUGUUGGAUGGGGCCGUUACCCAGAAGCCAUUAUAGAACCCAGUUUUGUUCAUAGUGCUGGUCAAAGUCAUGAAGUUUAGUUUGUAACACAAUUUAAUUUUAUUAAGAAAUAAUUUAGGCUCGUGUAUCACAUUUUAUUUCCCAUUUUGCUAAUUGUUCUUAUCUAUGGGUACAUUUUGCAACAUGGCACGUAAGAAAGCUUGAAUUUGAUUUAAUUGUUUUGCCUUUCAUCUGGCCUCAUUGAGAAUUUGCAUAUGUAUAAAAGUUUUGCUUUAGUGCACACCCUCUAAAGCAAAUUGCAUAGAUCAUAAAGAAACGAUAGACGUCGAUACAACGUACCCCCUUCAUUCAAUGUGAAGGGACUAAUACACAUUUCAUGAUUUACUUUAACCAUUGAUUAGACCAAUAUAUGAUGUGUAUGUUAGAAAAAAGUUUACCCUCGAAUUAGUAUUUGGAAGGUGUUUUCAAUCGUAUUUUUUUCUAUGGCAUACAUCUCAUAAAUUGGUGAAAUUAAAUCUCAAAUAUGUAAUAGGCCUUAUAUCUUUACCUAUCUAUAUUUUACCUACUAAUAAACAGAGGAAAGAUGUUGCACGUCUGUCGUGCUUUUUUGCAAAAACAACUAACCAAGUUUAAGUGAGUCAAAAAAAAAAACGUUUCUUUAUGUGCAGAAAACCCCUUGUUGUUUCUUGAAGUCAACUCGCAGUCCAGCUUUAAGUAAAUCCAGAAAACGUUUUGCUUUUGCAGAAACCCCCCUAUAUUUGGGUUAAUCAACCCAUAGUCCAUAUCAAAUGCUUUAAAAAUAUAUUUAUAUCUCUCUAACUCCGAUUUUAACGUGCUAUAUAUAGAAUUUGAUUAGAAAAAUGUGUAGAAUCUGAAUAUGAUGUUAUUUUACCUUUUAACCAUUUUUCUUGUGUAUGGAUAAGGAAGGCAAGGAAAGUUAAUGCAGGAUGUGCUUCUGCUUCUAAGGAAGUACUGGUUUGGUUUAGAUUAUUCCAGGUUACUCUACGUACAAUGCUUUCUAUUUUUUGUGGCAUCGCAUGAGAUGUAAAAAAACAACAACAAAAAAACCAGGGGGUGUAUCGGGUGCAUCGGGGCAAUUGGUGUUACCAGUGCACCGAUCCCCGUUGCACAAUUAAGAAUGUUUGAAAAUAUCCGGAAAAAAUUAGUGUAUUAACACAACAUAAACGUAUGUUGUCACAAAAAUUCAAAUCAAAAUUUG